AUGUUGAAGCUAUUAAAUCGGCCACCAAUUGGUUCAAUCUCCAUUGAUUUAUUUCGAAAUACUCGUCAUGUUAAGAAUAUCUACUCAUUCAGAUUUCUUUCGACCAUACCAGAAUCUUUAAGUCCUGAAAUACAAGCCAGAGUUGAUGAUCUAAUCACCAGGCUACCAAAGCCAACCCAUACACUCGGCAAUCAAAAGCGCAAAAUCAAUAAAAGACAAAUUACUGACCUCGAUGGUCAAGUGUUCAAUUUUGCAGUAGAAAUCCCCGAGAUUGUCGAUACAAACAUUUCAAAAUCAAAUGACAAAGCCAACAAGUUAGAAAAACACGAACAAGAAUAUUGGGAGAAUAAUUAUCAACGAUAUCUAAAAUUAUUCGAACAUUUUACGCCAAAACCAAAAGGUCCGCAACGGUCAUUUUUGAAAUUUCUUUCCUCCAAAGUAGUGACUGGUGGUCGUCAGGACGUUGGUGAACAAUCUAAGGCGAUUGCUAAGCAAUGGAAGGAAUUACCGGAGGAGGAAAAACUGAAAUACAAGCCCCAGGAUAGUGAGUUUCAACAGUGGAAAGAAAGGGUUGAAGAAUGGAAGAAGAAGAGAUUGGUUGAAUAUGCUAUCUUCGAGAAAAAUCUUGCUGAGUUUGAGUUGGAGCCUCCGUUGGAUGAAUACAGGGCCACCAAAAAGGCAUUAUGA